AUGGUCAAGUCUCCUUCGAGUGCUCUGAUGUGCACUUCCAGUUUGAUCUUCGUGCAGUAUGUUCUAGAUGCCGAAAGCUUCACGGAAUACUUGAAGAACAUGAAGCAACGGCUUUUACAAAUGUUCGUCCAAGGGCCAUAUUAUGACGAAAAUAUAGUGUACUUCCAGGUCUCCGAAGCCUUGACAUUUGGAUCCUACCAGGGGCCAAAGGUCAAUAUCGCUAUUAUUAGCUCUAAUCUCAAGUCACGCGAUAAACAGAAGGCCCGCAUGAUUGUAACGCGAGAAGGGAAUGCGGACUCUUCAGUUGAGGACAAGAUCUUAGAAUUUGCUCAGCAGGGUUUAUUGAAGUCAUUGCCCAAGAUAAAUCUGUGGGUUUGCGAAUACCACAAUUUUGGGAAUUUAACUGUCAGCAGGACCAACUGGAAUAAGCUCAGGACGCGUGGGAAGAAACCAAAAGAGAAACUACAGGCCACGGAUCCUGGCGGGACGUUUGUGCUAAGACAAAACAAACGCAGCUCAGAUGACUGGCUGGAUGAGGUCGAUGACUUAAUAUCUGUUAUAAAAGCACCAGAGGCAUUGCGGGGGACCUACGAAAAAGUUAAAGUUGCAGUCAUUGAUACAGGAUUCCACCCGAGUGAUUGCCAAGCCUCAAAGGUGAAAGAAUAUAAGGACUUCAUAGACGAGAAAGCCAAGGAUAUGUGUGACAACACUUGGCAUGGUACAAUGUCUGCAAACCUUAUACUGUCUAUAUAUGAGGAGUGCGAAUUGUAUGUGGCCAGGGUCUUCAACAAAAACGAGACAGACGAGAUGGAAGGACCGCUUCUGAUGGCCAGUGUUCGUUUCAUCCCCACCGUACUGGAGCCUACAUCCUCUAACCUACAAAAUCAGGCCAUAAAAUGGGCUAUUGAACCGGGUCGGAAAGUCGACAUCAUCAGCAUCUCUGCUGGCUUUCGUAACCAUUCGCCCUCGCUCCAAUCCGCUAUAGAAAAAGCCAGCGAUGCUGGCGUCCUAAUCUUCGCAGCAGCCUCCAAUUGGGGGAACCGUGGCAGAGAAGCCUUCCCAGCCCGGCACAAAUUCAAAACGAUCUGCAUUUUCUCUACCAACACCGAUGACCAAGCCUCGCAUUUCAACCCGGAGGCGCGCGACGACGCUGACAAUUUUGCCAUCCUUGGGGAGGACUUCCCGCACCCAACGAACGACAAGAAGCGGGAAGACGGGACGUCGAUGGCAACGGCGAUUGCAGCGGGGCUGGCGGCGCGGAUUUUAGACUUUACAAGGCAGCCGGACAACAAGGAGAUCGUGAGGGUGGAGGAUGUAGGUAAAAUGGCGGGUAUGACAGCGAUAUUCAGCUUUAUGGCAAAGAAGGCGGGGAAGUUCAAUUGCGUCGCGCCGUUGCGGUUGCUAGAGGAGAGGUAUGCUAGGGGUGACUAUGUAAAGAAUAGGGCGUAUGUGAGAGAUAGUAUUUCGAGGGCGAUGGAGACGGCGAAUUAG